AUGGAUCCUCUCGUAGCCUCGGAGCUGGAAAAGCUCGACGAUGGAGUACAAUUCCGCGCCCGGCCACAACAUGUUCACCACACUUGGGCGCGCACAUUUUCGUCCCUCCCAGAACUAUUUAUUCAGCCUGAAUCACUGGUCGAAGUCGAAAAGGUUGUGAAUCUGGCGAGGAAAUGUCGCCGGCGUCUAGUGACGACUGGAUGUGGCCACUCGCCUUCCAAUAUCACUUGCACGUCCAGCUGGCUUAUUAAUCUGGAUAACUUCAAUAAGAUUCUCUCGGUGAACCAAGAGACUGGCGCCGUUGCCAUGGAGGGAGGAAUCAGGCUAUAUGCUCUUUGCGCAGAGCUUGAGAAACACGGACUUACGAUGCCCAACCUUGGAAGCAUCAACGAGCAGUCCAUCAGUGGCGCUAUCUCCACAGGUACACAUGGCAGCAGUUUGCGUCACGGCCUCAUGUCCGAGAACAUUAUCUCUCUCAAGGUGACGCUGGCAAAUGGAACAACUGUCUUCUGCUCCAAGGAUACAAAGACAGACCUUUUUAGGGCUGCUCUCCUUUCUCUUGGCGCUGUCGGUAUUAUCACAGAAGUCACUUUCCAAGCAGUCCCGUCUUUCACUCUAAGGUGGCAGCAAAGCGUGAACACAGACCACAAGAUGCUCGAGUCUUGGAAUGGCGAUCUUUGGACACAGAGUGAAUUCGUUAGGGUUUGGUGGUUCCCUUACACAAGACGUGCGGUGGUCUGGAACGCCGAAAAGACCGACGAGGAACUCCGCGACCCCCCUCAAAGUGGCUAUGAUGGCUCAAUCGGUUACUAUGUCUACCACAACCUACUGUAUCUCGCCCAGCACGUUCCACGAAUCUUACCCUGGGUUGAGUGGUUCGUCUUUGGGAUGCAGUACGGUUUCCGAAAUGGUACGACCUCAUCAGCUGUCCAACCCAGCGGCAAAGCUCUACUCAUGAACUGCCUAUACUCUCAGUUUGUCAACGAGUGGGCCAUUCCCCUUCACAAGGGACCCGAGGCUCUUAGACGCCUCAGCUCAUGGAUCAAUCACUUGACACCGGAAGACCCUGACUAUGUCCCUCACAACAUCCCUUUCUCUGCCGACGGACUCUACGUACACGCACCAGUCGAGGUCCGUGCAAGCGACACUACACUCACAUCCAACGUACGACCAUACCUUGACAUCACAGCCGAUGAUGGACCGACCCUGUACCUUAACGCAACACUCUACCGACCCUACCUGAUGGAUCCCCCGUGCCAUGAGCGAUACUACGAGGGUUUCGAGUGGUUGAUGAAAGAUCUUGGAGGUCGACCUCAUUGGGCCAAAAAUUUCGAAACAUCACGGGCCGAAAUCGAAGCAUUCUAUGGCAAGAACCUGGAAUCUUUCCGAGCAGUGCGCAGUGAUGCUGACCCCCAGGGCAUGUUUGUUGGACCUUGGCACCGGGAGAGAAUUAUGGAAGAGGGCGAAGGCCUUGAACUUGAAGAGGUCGAGAUUCGACGAGAGAAGAACAAAAGCGGAGGCUUAACAACAUUCGGAGUCAUUUGA